GCUCGUUCAGGCCCGUGGUUCGAGAGCCUGCGGACUGCAGCCCGCGGAAAUGAUGUGAAAUUGCGGGCUGGGGCUGAUCAAGGCCAUGUUGGAAACCGCAACGUGUCUUAUAGACGUAGAGAAACCAAAGAGGCCCUCGAUAACAAACACGGUUGCCAGAGUCUUCAGAGCUUGAAACCUGGUUUUUUGCAUGUUCUCCAUACGCAAUGUCUAAUUACCGACCCGAAGUUUCCGACGGUUAAACUAUUCGGGGUACGAGGGCGCCGAGUCUAUUAGAGGACGAGAAUAAGUUGUUUUCUACCCCCUCUCUUCCCAAGAAAAUAGGCAAUCGCGACAUGGUGGGUUCACCAAGUUCUCACUAACUACACGCGAUGAAGCCUCCUUCAAUAUGGCGCCAAUUCCUGGCUAUUGCUCUGCUCGUCCAGUGCUGCCUCGGGCACCUCAACGUCACAAGCUCGUAUUUCAACGUCCAGCGGGGCCAGCCAUUUGUUAUCACCUGGUCAGGCGCGUCGGGGCCUAUCGACAUUUUGCUGUUGCACGGUGCUUCGACGACCACCCUCCAGGCCCUACUGACCAUAGCUAGCAACGCGUUGGGGACGUCGUUCACUUGGACGCCGCCGCAGAGUCUCCCGUCGGACGGCAUCCUAGUGUUGAAGAUCUACAACUCAGACUCGCCAGACGACUACCCUGACUACUCCUCCAUCUCCAUCAUAGCCGGGAGCGGGUCAGACUCUCCGCCAACGACCACCCCGUCGACAUCGCCGCCGGUUUCGUCGACCACGCCGCAGUCGCCUUCGACGGGAUCCACCGCUAGUGGCACGCAUACCGUGUCAUCGAGCAGCCAGACAGAUACUAGCCACUCGACGUCGGGCACCUCGUCGAGUCCUGUGACCAGUCAGCCGUCUUCAACCGCCGGAGGGGUUAUUGGAGGGGUCAGUGGAGGUAGUGCAGAAGGAGACAGCUCAAGCGGCGGUCUCAGCACGGGCGCCAAGGCAGGCAUCGGCAUCGGCGCCGCUCUGGGCGGGAUUGCCGUCGUCGCCGCAAUCGCCUACGUGUUCUACCGGCAGGGCAAGGCGGCCGGCGCCAAGGGGGGCGCCGACGGAACAGCAGGCGCGGCGGAGCUCAGCGAGGGCGGUAAAGGCAGCACCCUAGCUGAGCUGGGCGGCGGCAAGACCGCUGCUGAGCUCGGCGAAGGUGUUAAAGAUAACACGCUGGCCGAGCUGGGUGGCGCCAAGACCGCGGCGGAGCUCGGGGAAGGCGGCAAAGACAGCACUCUAGCCGAGCUGGGUGGCAAGCCCACGGCCGAGAUAGGGACGCCGGCGAACGCGGCCGAGCUGUAGCACUAGCCGCCCGUGACCGUGUCGCCUGUCUCAGACGCCACUACUCUGGCGCCCGGCGCCGACACGUACUACCCGCUGCAAGCCGUCGAGUUGAGCUCGGAGCAAGCGCCGAGGGCGCUGUAGUUCAUUUGCGGGAUGAUUGAGACUCGAAGCUGUAGAAAUUUCUAGG